CAUGGGACAAUGGCUUUAGUCUCGUCGACAGGGUUUCGCUUUUGUGGUGCGAUCAAGCACAAUGCCGCCUUGAUCGCCAACAAGAGGCAAGUUUUGGCUAUGGCGAGUAGCAGUGGCAGGAUUGUGGAUAGCCAUUUGCACGUCUGGGCGUCAAAGAAAGAGGCACAAGACUUUCCGUAUUUUCCUGGCCAAGAACCCACAAUCGAUGGAAGCAUUCAACUCCUUCUCGAUAAGCUUUGUGAGGCUAACGUUGCUGGCGCUCUGAUUGUCCAGCCCAUCAAUCACAAGUUUGAUCACUCCUACGUAACAAGUGUGCUGCAAAGCCACCCUGAGAAAUUCGUUGGGUGCUGCUUGGGAAACCCCGAACAAGACGGUCGUGGCUUGGCAGAACUCGAACGCUUAGUUGAGCAUGAUGGAUACCGGGCUGUGCGCUUCAAUCCAUACUUGUGGCCGUCUGGAGAGAAGAUGACCAACGAAGUUGGCAAGCGAAUGUUUGCAAAGGCCGGGCAGCUUGGCAUACCGGUGGGAUUCAUGUGCUUCAAGGGACUCUCUCUUCACAUAGAGGAGAUCGAGACAUUGUGUUCUCUGUAUCCAUCGACCACUGUCUUGAUUGAUCACUUUGGCUUCUGCAAGCCGGCCGUCACCGAAGAGGAAACUGCGACAUGGAACUCGCUCCUGGGCCUCGCUCGAUAUCCACAGGUCUACGUCAAAGUGAGCGCAUUCUUUCGGGUGUCGAGAGAGUCAUACCCGUACAAGGAUACUUGGACAAUGCUGCGUCGGCUGCUGGAUGUCUACGGUCCUAGGAGACUCAUGUGGGGAAGUGAUUUUCCUUUUGUGAAUCAGGAGUGUGGAUACGCUAACGCGGUAGGCAUUCUACACGCUGCGCGUGAUCACGGUACGGUGUCCCGAGACGAGCUGGAGUGGCUGCUCGGUAAGACGGCAAGGCAAGUCUUUGGAGGUGUUUGGGCGGCAAGCAGCUGAAAUGGUGUGAUUGAGACUCGACACAUUUCAAAGAACAACAUGAAAACUUUUAACACCUCGUUUACUAUUAUAACUCUCAGUGCUCACACACAUCUAUACAUUCGCACCAUCUGUGCUCACGGUAUUGGAACUGGUC